UUUGUUUUGUUCCACUUCUCUCCCAGUCGGUCGCACUGAGACGCGAAGCUAAGAACACAAGUUACAACACAACACAACACAACAACAAAAUCCAAAUCCUUUCUUCUAAACCAAAAACCCUAAAAAACUCUCUCAUACCUUCUUCGUCUCUCUAGAGAUGAUGAUGGCUUCUUCCAUAUCCCUAAAGCCCGCGACGAGCCUUACCCUCUUAUCUUCUUUCUCCACAGGCAAAGUCCUCCACUUCCGCCGCUCCCGUUUCACCCACUCACCGUCUUCGUCUUCCUCGUAUCGUUAUCGGACUCUCGUAGCUCAAUUCGGGUUCAGACCAGGUUCGUUCCCUGACCCAGGUGACUCUCUCGAUUUCAUCAAGGACCAUGCCGAGAAUCUUCUCUACACGAUCGCUGAUGCCGCCGUUUCGUCCUCUGAAACCUUUGAAUCUGUCGCUGGCACUACUAAUUCUGCCACCAAGACCAAUGAUUGGUUCUCUGGUAUAGCCAAUUACAUGGAAACUAUUCUCAAGGUUUUGAAAGAUGGGUUAUCAACUGUAAAUGUUCCUUAUUCAUAUGGUUUCGCUAUCAUUCUAUUGACUGUGCUUGUGAAGGCUGCUACGUUCCCAUUGACGAAAAAACAGGUUGAAUCUGCUAUGGCUAUGAAAUCUUUGACGCCUCAAAUUAAGGCUAUUCAAGAACGGUACGCUGGUGAUCAGGAGAGAAUUCAGCUUGAAACUGCCAGAUUGUAUAAACUUGCUGGAAUAAAUCCCCUUGCAGGCAGCCUUCCCACACUAGCCACAAUACCCGUCUGGAUUGGGUUAUAUAGAGCCCUUUCAAACGUUGCGGAUGAGGGGCUCUUAACGGAAGGAUUUUUCUGGAUUCCUUCUCUUGCUGGUCCAACAACUGUUGCUGCAAGACAAAAUGGCAGUGGAAUCUCAUGGCUGUUCCCUUUCAUUGAGGGAAACCCACCUCUCGGAUGGCCAGAUACAUUGGCAUAUCUCGUCUUACCUCUAUUGCUCGUCUUCUCUCAGUACCUCUCCAUUCAGAUCAUGCAGUCCUCGCAGAGUAAUGAUCCAGCCAUGAAGAGCUCACAAGCAGUGGCAAAGCUUCUUCCGCUGAUGAUUGGCUAUUUUGCACUAUCAGUUCCUUCUGGUUUAAGUCUUUAUUGGUUGACCAACAACAUUUUGAGUACUGCACAGCAAGUAUGGCUUCAAAAAUAUGGUGGUGCCAAGAAUCCGGUGGAGAAGUUCGCUAAUUUGGUCACAAAGGAAGAUAAAACUCAAAAAGUUGAGAAGUCGAUUUCAGAAACGCUGGUUCAGAAGUCUGUUUCAGAAAUGAAAAUGCCAAGAGAGAAGGGUGGUGAAAAACUGACGCCAGAAGGGCCCAAGCCUGGUGAAAGGUUUAGGUUGCUCAAAGAGGAAGAAGCAAAGAGACGUCGAGAAAAAGAAGAGGCGAGGCUGAAAGCUGAAGCAGCUCUAUUAAAUCAGAAUACGAACAAAGUACUAGAACAAGAUGGAAUAUCUGAUACAGCCGCUGUCCCUGAAGGAGAUAAGGAAAACACCAAACUUUCUGCAGUGGAAGAAACAACUGAUGGCACUGUCACUGUGAAUGGGAAGCCAUCCAUUCAAAAGGACGAGACUACAAAUGGGAAAUUCGGCGUUGACCAUGAUAUAGAACAACACCAUUCUCAUGAAACAUAGAAGAGAUAAACACUCCUCAUCAAGACUCUUUGUUUUUGCGUUGAAAGACCAAACACAGGAAGAGGAAUUGAGACUUGAAUAAGACAAGAGGAACCAUAGUAUUCGGCCUUUUAAUCCCCUCUGCAACAGUUCGGAGUUUAUAGAUCUCAAGAGUGGGAACAUUGGUCUGUUUAAGGGUUAGAAUUUGUGUACAAUGACACUAGGGAAUGGGUUUUUUAAGUCAUAGAAACGUUGGUUCAUUUGCCUUAUAUUUUUUAUGUAUACGCAGAACUACGUUUAUCUUCACUGGUUUUGCUUUAAUACGAAUAUAAAAGAAAAAUCUGAACAACA